UACCAAAAUGCUAUUUAUAAAACUUAAAAGACCAACAAGGCAACAAGCACGAAAAAACGACAGAUAUGGGUUCUCCUUCCUUCCAAGACCUCAAGAAACAAGCUUCUUUCUUCUUGAAAGAGAAGAUCAAAACUGCGCGAUUGGCCUUGACUGAUGUUACACCUGCAGAAUUAUUGACUGAAGAAGCAACAGAUGAAGAUGCAUUGCCACCCGACACUCGUACCAUGGGAUUGAUAUCGCGUGCAGCCUUUGAAGUUGAUGAUUAUUGGAGAAUUGUUGAUAUUCUUCACAGAAGGUUGUGGAAGUUUGAUAAAGAGAAUUGGAAAGGGUCUUAUAAGGCUCUUGUUUUAUUAGAUUACUUACUCACACAUGGUCCACAAAGAGUUUCUGAAGAAUUUCAAUGCGAUAAAGAGGUCAUCAAGGAGAUGAGUUUCUUUCAGCAUAUUGAUCAACAUAGCUUCAAUUGGGGAGCAAGGGUAAGAGAGAAAUCAGAGAGGAUUUUGAACAUGCUUUCAGAAGACCGCUCAUUCUUUAAACAAGAGAGGCAUAGAGCUCGUAAGCUUUCAAGUGGGAUAAAAGGUUUUGGUAGCUUUACUCACAGAAAUGUCGGUAAUAGGUUUACAGAAUCAAGAUCCCAGAUAUGUCUCACAGGUAAUUACAACAGCCAUCGAGCCGAAUACAAAAAGGACAGGGAUUUGGAAUUUCUAUACCACCCUUUGUGCGAGGGUGAGAAUGAAAAUAGAGUCUCUCUCCUUUCUACUUAGGUAUGCAAGGCAAUACAUUCAGUUUUCUUGGUGUAAAGACAGAUAGACAUUAUGGAUAUUUAGCAUACUCUUGUGCAAUAUACUCAUUAAACGGUAGAGAUA